AUGCCUCUGGAGACGCUAAAUAACCCAGCUAUGAUUGAUUUGCCCAUGAACUACGACAAUGUGCCUCUGUCAAAUGGUACACGCUCGGCCGGUCCCGACGUAGACCUCGACAAAGCUUACAACGAUCUACUAUGGGCUUGCAGAGUUGGUGAUACUGUUUUGGCCGACUCCUUGACGCUAUUACCGCAAUUGGACAUCAACCGUGUGGACGAGUGGGACUAUCUGCCUCUCAUCCUUGCGUCUCUCUGUGGGCAUUUGCAAAUUGUGAAGAUGCUAUUGGCCCGUGGAGCAAUCUGUGAAAGAGACACUUUCCAAGGCGCAAGAUGUAUCUAUGGGGCUCUUAACGACGACAUUCGUAUUGUUCUUUUGAGUUAUAAUAUCAGCAAGAAGGUUGACGAUGAUCAGCCCUUCCUGGCGCAUCUUUCCAAGUUACUUUUACCUGCAAUGAUCCCCCACGCGUGUAGAGACCUAGCCGUUGUGUUCCCUCAUAUUCUGGACAGAAAGCUCCGGGUCUUUGUCGUUAAUCGCUUUCUUUUGAUGGCAAGAAGUCCCUAUUUUCUGAGAAAGCUUUGCCCUGGCGGCCAAUGGCAUCUGUCCUCGGUGAUCAGAAUGCCUGAGCAAACAGACGCAGCGGCGUUUGAAGCAAUAGUGGAUUACAUUUACCUCCGAACUGACCAGUUACCUUUGGAGAAGCCUCCUGAACAAUUGCCCUUGUUCGCAAAAAAACUAGGACUCGAACAGUUUUCGGAUUCGCUCAUGGACUUUCAGGCAAAGCAAGACAACGGCAGCAGGUUGAGACAGAAAGCUGAACUUAGCUUUGUUGAGAGAGCAAGAGAAGACAUGAAAGAAUUCUUUGAGGGCCAUGUACUUGCUAAUGUUUUUGUAAAGUCUCUUGAUGAAGUCGAUCUCAAAGAGUGCAAAUAUGAUCAAAACGAAGGUGAAGAGUCAGAAGACGAGCAAGAAAUUGACUUCCAAGAGCUCGAUUUGUCCAAGAUCUUGAGUGCAGAAAAGCGCAAGAAGCUUUUGGAUAGUUCUGCUAUCCCUGAUGUUAUUUUAUGCUCCCUAGAUUUUGAAUCUAAUACGAUCCUCUUUUACCCUGUGCACAGGGCGGUGUUGAUACGAGCAAACUUCUACUUCACGAUGUUUGAGCCUUCAUGGUCACAAGAGACUGCAAACUUACCUUUAGUUGGUGAAGAUGACUGUACUGGAGCUGCUGGUGAAAAAGCGGUGGACAGAACAAUGUUACUGCCUGAAGAUAUACCCAUAUACCACACAUACAUGGGCGCCUCAAGAAAGGAGGUCACCGAGGUCAUCCUUCGCUUCCUAUACUAUAAUGACUCGAUUAUCAUUGACCCUGAAAUCGCUGUUGAGGUACUUUUAGCGGCAGACGAAUUGCAGAUUGAAAGGCUAAAGUCUAUCAGUGAAUUAAGCCUCACUAAUUUCGUGCAAAAGUUCAUCUUUAAGAAGCUUCAGGCAUUACCAUCUGUUGUUGGCUAUGAUGUUUUUGAACUUAUAGAAAUCGCUUGGCGUUUACGAAGCGAAAGAUUGGAGCAGCAUAUGACGAAGUUGAUAGCUCACAACAUCGAGGCAAUUUGUGAAGACUGGUCACUUCGUCAAAAACUUUUAGACCUCAUCCGGGCCAGUGCACACAGAAUUGAAGAGCGUCAAGCCACUGAUACUAUUGAGUUGGUGGAUGACAUGCGGUAUUACUUGGCAAAAAAGUUUGCGGUCUAUGACGAGUUCACUAACUUGGAAGGCAUUGGGGCUAGUUUGAAUCCAAAUAUGGCAGAGCCGGAGGAUAAUAGGACUUUCAAAGCAGCGAUGCUAGACUAUGAGCAUGAUGUUGCAAUAGUAGACCAGCUUCUUGACGAAUUGGGUUUAGAAGCUUAA